AAAUGGACGGUGUGUACCACGUGACUUUCGCAAGAAGCGGAAUGUCGCAACUCUUUAUCGCUUAGCUGACCUGUCAGGCUGUCAGUAAUCAGUAUUUAUCGGAGCCUGGUCGAGCUAUAACGAGCAGAACAACCGUCAGUGAGUUCGUUGUGACAAGGUCAUCAACAACUGUUUGAAAUACAACCAUGGCAGACAUCAAGCUGCGAGCCAAUCAGAGAAUGCAAGCAAGUGAUGUAAACGACAAUGAAGAAAAAAUGCGUCUUAAUAACACAAGUCUACAGGAGCUGAAUAGGAAAGUGAGGGAGAAGAUUGGAGAGUUGAGUUGGUGGCAGUGUUACGGCGUUGAUUGGGUCGUUAUCCUUUUUAUCUACAGCCUCCUGCCAAUGAGUUUAUAUUUAUUCACUUCGACCAGCCUUGUUUCAUAUGGAAUAGGAAUUGUAUGCCUUGGAAUUGUCCAUGGAGUAAAUGCCACUCGUUGCUCUCAUAUGGCAGCCCACAAUGGACUCUGCAGAUCAAAAUCCUGGAACAUAUUUUGGCGUUACUUCUUCUGCGAGUUUUGCAGUUUGUUCUCAGUUGAACUCGGAAUGGACAUCCAUAUAAAAGUGCACCAUCCUCAUACUAAUGUCAUCGGUCUUGGCGAUUCAAGUUCUUGGCGUGUUCCAAAACUUUCACGGACGGCCUAUAUGUUUAUCGCUCCUCUGCUGCUUCCGUUACUCUCGCCUUUUAUUUCAAUUAGUCGGCUAGUGUCUAGCGGGAAAAACAAGGCGGCCAUAAAGUGUGCGCUAGUCAUGAUUUGUGGACUCGUUGCCUUCAUAUACAUUCUACAAGUCUUUUCUGGAAUGUCCGCUAGAAAAGCUUUCCUUACGAUUUUUGCAUCACGAGCUCUGACGAGCCCAUCAUACAUUCAUGUGAAUAUAUUCCAACAUAUUGGAAUGCCAAUGUACUCCCAGCAGAAUCGACCGCCAAGAGCUGUGUUGAUGUCAACUGGUGUCCUGAAUCUCAAUGGAGCGUGGAUCCUUGACAUCAUCUUCGGACAUUCCUUAAUAAGUUGCCAUCUGGAGCAUCAUCUCUUUCCACAUAUAUCUGAUAACAUGUGCCGGAUUGUCAAGCCCCUCGUCAGGGAACACGUCCUACAGAAUGGUUUACCAUACAAUGUGGAUUCUUACUGGAAUAGGCUAAAGUUGUUUUACAAACAGUAUGAUAGACUUAUGGUCAACGCUCCACCCAUUACUAAAUAUGUGGGUAUUCAAUAAUCUUGUUGAUGUGUGAUAGUUAUGCGAUAUUAAAAAUAUAAACUCAUUAAUGUGCUUUAUUAUUAUAUAUUUAAAUCAAUUAAUUAAACUUUAAAUUAUGCAUAGUAUUAAUAAUUUGAGAUAUUUCAAUUUAUUUUUGAGUGUAAAACGAUUGCACUACACUUCAUAAGGCCUAAAAAAUAAAUUGUUUGUUUGCCCUUUAAUGCUGAAAAUUGUAUAGGAGGGGCGGAUGCAAAAAAGUUUUUUUUGGUGGGGUUUUUUUUUCUCCUGUCAACAAAAUUAACAUUAAAUCGUAAUGCUUGCAAUUAAGCCUGUCUCACUAUUUGUUUUUCAAAGGGUAUUCAUCAGACUGAAUAAAAAUAACCCAUAAUCGAUAUUUUGCAAUGAAUUUAGGCCUAGAAUGGUGAUACCUUACAUCAGACACCCAAUUUAGAACCAUUUCAUGUGCAAAAUUGAGAAAAAUAAAUAUCACUUUUUAAAAAUUUGUGAAAAAAAAUCCUAUUUUUUAAAAUGCUGCCCCUAAUUUUACGUGAGCUGGGGACGGGCACUGGAGGGAAAACAAACAAUUUUUUUUUAGGCCUAAUGGUUGCUCUACUGAAGGCAGUAAUGUUAUUCCAUAAUUUCAUUGUGUUCACAGGUGAAUUGAAACUUAGCAUUAGAAAAUAUUUGGAGAUGUAAUAUAAAAUUUUUAAUGACCAAACCUGGUGUUAUUCAUUAGCAAAUGUGGUAUAAUUCAUAAGCAAUCUUGGUGUAGUUUAUGACCAAACCUGCAAUAAUUCAAGAGCACAUGGUAUAAUUCCAAGUGCAAACCUGGUAUAAAUCCGAAGUGCAAACCUGGUAUAAAAUUCCAAGUGGUAACUUGGUAUAUUUCCAAGUGCAAACCUGGUAUAAUUCCAAAUGCAAACUUGGUAUAAUUCCAAAUGCAAACCUGGUAUAAUUCCAAAUGCAAACUUGGUAUAAUUCCAAGUGCAAACCUGGUAUAAUUCCAAGUGCAAACCUGGUAUAAUUCCAAGUGCAAACCUGGUAUAAUUCCAAGUGCAAACCUGGUAUAAUUCCAAGUGCAAACCUGGUAUAAUUCCAAAUUCAAACUUGGUAUAAUUCCAAGUGCAAACCUGGUAUAAUUCCAAGUGAUAACUUGGUAUAUUUCCAAGUGCAAACCUGGUAUAAUUCCAAAUGCAAACCUGGUAUAAUUCCAAGUGCAAAACUGGUAUAAUUCAUUGAGCAAACUUGGUACAUGAUUGGAACAGUGGUUAAUUUUUAAGAGCUUUAUAUAACAUUUAGUCAUAAUAACACUUUACACUCGACAAUUGUGAGCACUCAAUUAAUUUGGCAGUAUUAGAAUUUAUUGGACAAAUAUGUUUUCAUAAUUUUAUAAUAUAAUCGGUAUUGUAUCAAACCACAGGGCCAUAGUAAAUUCAGAGACAGACCCAAUAGUUUGAAAUAGAGAGUCCCACGAAGGGACUUCCACAGAUAGAGGCCCCUGUUGAAUCCGUCACUGAAUUUAUACAGAAGCUUAAUGAUAUAUGCUUAUAUAAACAUUUAGAAUAUGUAUACAGUAUAUAGAACAUGUAGAAUAUGUACUGUAUCUGCUUCAUUAUUUGUAUCAACAUGUUUAUUGAUAUUUUGUUCCUAAAGUACUUGAUCACCUGACCUUGCUAACUAUGACAGAUUAAAACUCCCAUUGUGUUCUGUGCUGUUGCAAUCAAAUUCUAUAAAGGUAGGGGAACUUGUAGCAUGAUUCUGAAGUCCAACUCAUAACAUUUCAAUUGGUACACAUCUGCGUUUGUAUUAGAUAUCCGUCUAUUUUUUGUUUGCGAUUUUAACCUUUGACCAAAAAGUUAGUUACCACAACAUUUUUUAAUUGUAAUAGUCUUAUUUAUGCAAUAUUUUUAAUAUAUGAUUCACAGUUAAGAUAGAUAUAUUAAUAUGUCAUGUUUCAAAACGAAACAUCUCUGAUCAGUUAUCUAAUAUGUACAAGUAUAUAAUUAUAUGCGUUAUGAGAUGUAUUA